AUGGAUGGAGAGCUGUUUCGAUCUUCUCGAGGAGGCCUAGACAAAACCCACAAACUUGAAUAUCAGUGUCUGCUGCAAAAAGACAACCACCAUCAAUAUGAGCAUCAAGAUGACUCCUCCUCUUCCCCCUCCUUCAGGAUUCCCAUUCUCCAGCCCUUCACGACCUCAUCCAUCUUCGAAGAGACUCCAAAAACUGAAACAGAGAUCGUUCCAUCACCACCACCACCACCAUUAUUAUCAUCUUACAGUUUCAGUGACUUCAGACCAACCGAUGGCCGUAAGAAAGCCGGUCUCCAUCGCUGCAAGACCGCCCCGGCCAUGGCAGUCGUCCGAGACCUUAGGCAGCAACAAACCCAGACUCAGAAUCCUCAGUUGGAGUCCAAUUCCAUCAUCAGGCAAGCCAUAUUCUUCCUCAUCAUCUAUCUAUGUCUGGGUGUUUUAAUCUAUUCCUUCAACCGAGACAACUUCUCGGGCUUUGAAACCCACGCCAUGGUGGAUGCGCUAUACUUCUGCAUCGUCACUAUGUGUACCAUCGGGUACGGCGACAUCGCCCCCUUGACCCCAGCCACUAAAUUGUUUGCCUGCGCCUUCGUGCUGGUGGGUUUCGGGUUCAUAGGCAUCUUGCUUAGUGGGAUGGUGAAUUACGUGGUGGACUUGCAGGAGAACAUGAUCUUGGACAGCAUUCGUGCCAGUACCGGCGCAGGGGGAUUCUCGGCGAAGAAUUACAUCUUCGAUGCUGAGAAGGGAAGGAUGAGGAUCAGGAUGAAGGUAGCUCUGGCACUUGGGGUUGUGGUGUUGUGCAUUGGCACAGGUACUAUGAUCUUCUAUUUCGUCGAGCAUUUGGGGUUUGUCGAUUCUAUUUAUUUGUCGGUUAUGUCCGUCACUACCGUUGGUUAUGGCGACAAGGCCUUCGAGACCUUGUCUGGGAGGAUAUUCGCCUGUCUUUGGUUGCUCUUCUCCACCCUGGCUGUGGCCCGGGCGUUCCUCUACUUGGCGGAGGCAAGGAUUGAUAAGAGGCACCGCAGAAUCACCAACUGGGUUUUGCAACGAAGCAUCACUGUUGAGGAUUUUCUUGCCGCCGACGUCAAUAACCAUGGUUUUAUCAGUAAAUCAGACUAUGUUAUCUACAAGCUCAAAGAGAUGGGAAAGAUAGGUGAAAAAGAUAUAUUGCAGAUCUGCACCCAGUUCACGAAGCUUGACCGCAACAAAUCUGGGAAGAUAAAACUACCUGAUAUCUUGGAUUGCUCAUAAAUGACAGAGAAAACCUGGAAAUAUUUGUUGAGGAUUUCUUUACGCAUGUGGAAAGCAGGUUCCAAGGGUGGGUGGCGGAAAAUAGGCCUCCCACCAUAA